AUUCCGGAAAGUUUCAGCGAUUCCCUCCGCUGGCUCAGUCGGAUGCCCGUGGCAGAAGUCGCCCUGGUCUUGGCUGUAAACACGGCGGCGAUAUAAAGAAGACGGGACUCGAGGGGAGGGAAGGCUGCCGGGUCAAUCGGCGAGCGAUCAUUGUCGCGAGAUUUUCCAGCGGAGUCGUGCCACGUCUGUAUUGUCGAGCGGGCAGACACGUCGUUGGUUCGUUGAGCUGUGCACGGGCGGCGCUUCCAAUGAAGACGAGCGGCCACGGAUCUCCCGUAGGGUAGCGUCACGCCGCGUCGCGCAGUCUUUCGAGCAGAGGAGUCUGCCAAGCGAGAGUCGAGUUCGCGGGCGUCUCGGCAAGUAAAGCCGAAGCAAGGCUUCUCUCAUCUCACCAUCUCACCGCCGUCACCCAACUACGAUCAUCAUCAUCUGUGUUCCACUACCACCGUAGCACCACCACCGUUCUACCACGACCACCACCAUCUCACAUAAUCAUCGUCUUUCACCCACCACCACCACGGCCUCGUCAAUCAAGCACGGCCAUCAGCAUCAUCUCAUCACACAACCACCACCAUCAUCAUCAUCUCAUGAUCCAACCACCAUCACGACAUUCAACAACAUACAACAACCACCACCACCAGCACCUGCCACCAACACCAUCAUCAUCCUCCAGCCACCACCACCGUCUCACCAUCUAACCACCACGGUCUCAUCUAGCCAAAGCGAUCGAAGUCCGUCCCGUGGCCAAAGCGAAGACAUGCCGGGGCCAGGGUACAAAUACGACAAGGCGGCCGACGGAGACUCGCAGGGGUCCGAGAGAGGGGAACCCGGAGCAGCAUCAUCAGCAGCAGCAUCAUCCGCAGCAGCAGCAGGAAGCAGCAGCCCCGGCGAGUCGCCGACGAGGGCACCCGCGCCACCCACGCGCGCGGUCCACGGUGCCGUGGCCAUCGACGUCGCGUGCGUCUUCCUGGCCUCGCUGCCCUUCCUCGUGCUCGAGAUCAACGUGGUGGACCCGUUCCAGCGAGGAUUCUUCUGCGGUGAUGAGACCAUCGACUACCCCUACGAGAAGAGCGAGACCGUGUCCGACGGACUCCUGAUUGCCGGCGGAUUUCUCAUCGCCCUGGCCACCGUGAUCGGGGGCGAGCUGUGCGCCGCCUGCUGCCUGGGCCACCGUUGCCCACCCGUGCUGAAGAGGGGCGGCUCGCUGACCGGCGCUCUCUACCGCACGCUGGGCGCCUUCCUCUUCGGCUGCGCCGUCAACCAGUCGCUCACGGACGUCGCCAAGUUCUCGGUGGGCCGGCUGCGGCCGCACUUCCUGGACGUGUGCAAGCCCGAUCGCGCCCUCUACAACUGCUCCGAGGGCUACAUCACGAGGGUCGUGUGCACGGGGGACCCGGCCGUCAUCACCGAGGCCAGGAAAUCGUUCUUCUCUGGUCAUGCCUCCUUCGCAAUGUACUCCAUGGUGUUCCUUGCUCUGUACGUGGAGUCUCGCCUGCGCUGGCGCGGCGCACGCAUCCUGCGUCCGCUGCUGCAGUUCGUGCUGCUGCUCGUGGCCGUCUUGGUGGGGCUGUCGCGCCUCUCCGACUACCGGCACCACUGGAGCGAUGUGCUCGUUGGGUUUGGCUCUGGGGCGACCGUCGCAUUUACUGUGGUGUUUCUCAUCUCGGGGCUUUUCACCGACAACUGCCUGGCGGUGCACAAGCGCAGGGAAGCGGCGCGGACAAACGGGGACUUGGAACAGGGCCAAGCGGCCAAUCACAACGGCCACGCCGACGCUGCAGCCACUGCCACCGCUGCCGCCAUCCGCUGCAGCGCCCACAGUGGUGGACGUCAAGCGACGCCCCCGGAGCCCGCGGUCAGCGAGUGAAAUUACCGACUCCGGCGUUCUUUUUGAAGGGAGAAAAGAAAAAAAGAAGUAAAACCUUGCCUGUCUUUUUGUUGUUGCGUGCGUCAGGCGAGGAGGCAUUUGCUUGGCUGUAUCGGCAAAGUGAAGUUGGAGGGAGGAGGGCGGAUGGGGGAAUGAGUCAUCGCAGCGAAGUGUAGUCACGCGAGAUGAUGUAUUUUGGCCGAUGGCACAAUUUGUGACAUUCUGCGAUGAGGUUGUCGGUUAGCCGAGCGCACAUUUGACAAGGAGAGAGGGGGAGAGAGAGAGGUCUUUGUGUGGGGGGGAGGAGGGGGGCAGCCUUAGCUCAGACUAUGAAUUAGCAUUGUGGACCCUCGUUAGGCCAAUGAGGCAAUAGAUCCUCAGAAAAUUGCAACGGACAAAUGUGCCAGUGUUAAACUGCCAUGAAAAUUACGUAAAAUUGCUCCGUGACCUGCCGGAGAAUGGGUUUCUUUUUCAAUGAAAAGGCGAAAAAAAAUCCAUUCAACCACUGGCCCUGUUGGAAGAGUGCUAGUCUUAUCAUGCCUUUAAACAAAUCCGGCAAUUUGACAGCAGUUUUUCUUUCAAAAACGGUGGGCUCUUUCACUCUCGUAUGGCCUGAAGGCUAUUAGAUGUGGCAAAGACUGUGUAUUUUUAUAUAAAUGUUAUAUAAAGUAACUUUUAAGACAGAUACCAUCUAUUUUAAUGUGAUGACUUCGGCCUAUAUUAAAACGCGCAUUCAGUUUGCUCACUAAUAAUGCUCAAGAAGCAAAUUGUUGAUGGAGCUUCUCUCCUCUUUGGUCUGAAUGACAGCUUUCCUUUUAUUAACCACUAAGUCUGACCGAUUUGGUCGAAUGAGCGGAAAACGUUUCGUGGUAACGCCUUACAAAAAAUGUACCAUUAGCUCACUAUGGUAAACCACGGUAAUUGUGUAUUUUUUUUGUAUAUCCCGAUUAUUUGGUGACGCUGCUAAGUCGGCGGUGGGUGCACAAUCACGAAUGACGAUACAACAACAAACUCGACGCAAACGUCAUUUUAAGACCGGGACCUUGAAAAGAAGUAUAAUAGACAGACGUUUCGCUCAAUCGCCCUUCUUCAGGGCUCGCUAUGUGCUGUGAAGAAAAGCCAUUGCCGGAACUGAAACGUCGCUUAUUAUCUACUUUAUUCUAAGGCCACAUGGUUGUUAUUGACGAAUGUGUUACAUUUGCUUUGCUAUCCCGUCUCCAACCUGUUGUUUGAUAGUCUUGUAGAAAAUACGCCUUGUAAACGCAACAAUACUUCAUAGAAAAAAUGUAAAAUAGCGGCCAGGUUUUAUAUGUGAAUGUAGCAAUAUUCAACAAAACCAUCUUUUGGUUUACCAUAGAGCAUCGCAAAGUACAUUUUUUUUUACUCUCGAGUGCACUUAGCGCCUUUAAUCUAAGUAUUAGCAAAGAUGAUGGUAUUACUAUAGCAGCUACUUUAUUUUAAUUAUUAUUAUAAAUGUAAAAAAAAAAAGAUUUAUGAGAUGUUUAACUUCGUAGAGGUGUGAGGCCCCUUUUUAAUAUGACUUCUCUCCACACACAUCGUCUCUGGGUGCCCCACGCAUUGCCUGAACGCCCGCGCGCUGUGCUCAAGCCUUUUGUGCCGCGUGGGUGUUCACGGCUGUGCCGAACGGCUCUCCGAUGCGUUUCACGGGUCGUGCCCGAGCGCACGUCGUUCGCCACCACGUCGUUCGCCACCACGUCUGACGUCUUCGCCUGCGCGCGCCGGCAAGGUGAAUCGGAACUGGUUUCGCGUUUCCCGAAGAAGCCUCUCCCCGGCGCGUGGUGGUGGAGUGAAAAGGUCGGGCGUCGGGCCCGAACGACGGUGUGCGGUACCACUGGCAAACGCAUCGGCGAGAGCUAUAGUGUUCAAGUCCUGUUUACAUUACGGAGGCGACACACAUUUGUAUGAGCUUUGUUGAACAGUUAAUUUACUUGUUUUUUAAACGAGCCCGGAAGGACAAACGAUCAGUAUUCAAACUUAAUGUGAUACAGCUGAAAGUGUUUUUUUAAACUAGGCAUUUCAAGACAAAACUUUUCUUAUUUUAUUCUCAUGUUUUUUUUUUAGUUAUAUUUGUGCGAGCGGUGCGUGUCUGUGUCUGCGUCGAUAUUAUUUUUUUUGGGUUUUCCACAACCUGCCUGUGGUGGGGUUAAUCACAAACAUGCCUCUAUUAAAUAAACUCCUGUGUAUAAGAGAGAGAGAGAGAGCGCAGCGCGUUACCGGACUUGCGCAUAACUUGGGCAGUCCCAGCGACUGCGGUUUUGUGAGUACAAUGUACAUCGUGAUGCCUUUGUCAAAAUAAAACACAUUCUUGUAAUGUAA